UGCUGCGAAUCUCGAAUUUCGAAUCUCAGCCUCGACUCCCCCACCAUCCCGCCCGGAAGCCCAAUCCUGCUCGCGGGCGGAAUUGCACCCUCAUCGACAACAACAAUGGCGUCUCCACUCUCCCGGCCGUCAAUAUGCGGUCUCCAAGCGGCCCUCUCCACGUGCCGCAUCUCAACGACAACCACGAAGGCGACGACCACGACGACAGCUAAGACACGCACAUCACCAUGGCGAGCAGCAUUCAGCACCACCCCCCGCAUCUCGCAGAUCGCCGCCGUCCCCCCCGAAUCCCCGCGCUUCAUCACCGUCCCGGAGCCCCCGCAGUCGUCGGAGCCCAAGCUGCCCCCGAUCAAGGGCCACCUGCCGGUGCCGCGGGACAUGUUCCGGUCGCGGGAGGGCGACCGCAAGGUGCAGCGGGCCUACAUCAAGGCGGCGACGCCGGUGUCCAAGGCGGAGCGGGCGGGCGAGGCGCCGCGGUCGGCCGAGGAGGCGCGGCACCGCGUGUUCGCGGCGGCGCGGCGCAGCGCGCUGGCGACGGGCGUGCGCGGGCUCUACCAGCGCAAGACGGAGCGCGACCGGCGCGCGCACGAGCGGGCCGAGGCGCGCAGGCAGGCGAACCUGGACGCGGCGACGGCACCCGAGGGGCUGGACGACGUGCUCACGCGGCCGACGGUGCUGGCGGCGACGGCGCUCGUGACCAAGGUGGAGCAGGACCCGGAGCGGUUCGCCCGGGCCGAGGCCGCGCGCGCCCAGCACGAGGAGCGGCUGGCUGUCAAGGCGGAGGCGCGCCGUGAUGCGCUGGCGCAGCUGUAUGUGGCGGCCCAGGGGUUUAUCAUUGAUGAGGCGGAGUUGGAGGCCCGCAUCGAGGCUAUCUUCACGGCCGAUCACCACCGCAUCGGCGGCAGCAACCGCGGGCAGAGCAUUUGGGACCUGGACGCCGCGCCCGUCAGCGUGGCCGACCUGCAGACCGCCAUGUCGGGCCAGUCGACCAGGGCCAUCGAUGCCAACACGACGAGCGCGGUCAAGACCACCAAGAGGCAGAAGUCUGUGGCGGAGGAGUUGACGGGUGGCAAGUUGUAGGAAGAGAAGGAUAGUUAGGGGCAUUGCUGUUGUUGGCUUCAUCGCCAAUGUAUCAAACCGUGUAACGGCAUGUACAAAUAAAAACAAACGGGGCCGGGGAAGGCUUUCCAGCUAUAUGCAUUUCAAA